AUGCCUUCAGAAUUCCAGGAUCAGCUCCGGCCUUUGGCGGACUACUUUUGGAUCGCUGGUCUGGAUGCCCAACAACUUUCAGAUGCGUAUUCUCAACCACGAUGGUCCAACGAGGCCAACGAGGUGACAAAUGGCAUUGAUCAAGCCAUUGAAGAAGACGUCAAUGCUGAACGAGACAGUUCAUCGAUUUUGAAAUCCCCUCGAACAUCUACUGGUCAUUUACGGCGGGAUUCUUAUCAAAGAUUGUCCCAGCUUUCCGAUGAAGCGAGAGUCAGCAUUCAGAGUUUAGAUGAGAUCAAUCGACCACAAAGCAAUCGAAGUAGCAUCACCAUCAGAGCCACCCCAGCUACUCAGGCCCCUCCCAAUCCUCGCAUGUCCAGCGCUUUUUCCGAAGUCGAUUUUGAAAAAGCAAUGAAAAAGUUCACCACCAAUCGUGAGGAUUUUUUCGUUGAUCUGACCUUCAACCCGACUGAAGUAUCAGUUCCCGCAAAACCAGCCCGCUCUAAAUCACGGCCCAGAACACAGAAAAUUGUCGCCUCCGAAGACCCAAGUUCUUUGCCGAAUCGUAAUUUUGGAAGUAUUCGCCGACAUCUUUCCUUCAAGGACAUGUCAAGCGCGAAGAGACAACCCUCCAUGGCCCGGCGAGUCUCGACUCGAACUGCACGAAGAAUGAGCAGCUACAACUCAGUCAUUCCAAGCCCAGAGUCAUUUCACUCUUCGCCGAAUCAGCAUCCUCUCACGCGGAAAUUCGAGCCUGUAUUACUAGAAAGAUAUCCGCGACCAACGACUGUUGAUAGAACCGUUGGCCGAUCACAAUUCCCAGAGUACGUCCCGAUGUUUGCAUUUCCAAAUGACAUCAAACUACUGUCUUCCGAUACGAGACCGAGAUCGACGUGGCAUGAGUUUUCCAUCACAGCUUCGGACAAUUCUAGGUUGACAGCAGUGUCAGUCACAGUCUGGAUACCUGUAAGCCGACAAAUUGCAGCAGACCUGCAAAAGAAGUGUGAAGACUGGCGUAGAGACCAUAUGUCAGAGGCAGAACGAGAGAUGGCUGCGUCUCUGGCUGACAGACUUGCUAUUGAAAGUGCAAAGUUAUCAACUCUACUCACACAGUUACCACAAGUGUCUUCUGGCACUCUUGCACGCGACCAACUCGAAGAUGAAAUUAGUGCCGUCGAGGAGAAGAUUGGUGUCAUGUCCGAUAUGCUCAGACCCCUUCGGCAUGGCUCUGUCUCGGAAAUACAAGGAUUGGCCAGCGGCGAGACGAAAUUCUGGGUCCCACGAGCAUAUGGCGUUAUGGGCAAGGACGGGGCCAUGGCAAACUUUUGGAGACAGUGGCUUCGAGCAGUGGUUGUCCCAAUGACCGACGGAGGCGUUCUAAGAGUGCCGGCCAGCUCGCCAAAGGUCGGCAUGUGGCAACCUUUGGAGCGAUAUGUUUCGACAUUGUGCCUCGACGCCCCUGGCCCAGUCUCGUCCAAAACCCAAGUUCAGAUCUCUAUUCGAGAACUGAAGUUGUAUGCAAAGAAGGAAGCCAUGAAUGAGCUUCCAGGCAGCAGAACAACAGACCUAUAUCCCCUCUUCAAGACUUUGACUAUCUCGAACAUUAUUCUGUUGUUUGAAUAUGUCUUGGCCGAAUCUAGGAUUAUUCUCCUUUCUAGUCACACAUCUAUGCUGCAAUUGGUCAGCAGAGCUAUCCUGGAGUUGAUUUUCCCUCUCGAGUGGACUGGUGUGUACAUCCCGGUUCUGCCAUCAAGACUAGUUCAAGCGCUGGAUGCGCCUUGCCCCUACAUCUGUGGCAUCGAUCGAAAGUAUGAAAAGUUCGAUCUCCCUGACGAUGAUUAUGUUCUUGUUGAUUUGGACAAGAAUGAAUUACACAGUGUUGCUCCUCCACCACUUUUACCGAAACAGCAGAGACGGAAGUUGAUGGGUUUGCUGUAUCAAGCUGCUCCUUUACAUCAUAGCUACAGUGUGACUCCAGGAGCGCCUGCUUAUGCGGUGGAAACAUUUCCGUAUCAAUCUUUUGCGGCGGAGAACGAAAGUGUAUUCACAGCGAUCACCAAAACGACCAAUCUUUCGAAACUGGCGAGCCUCAGUUCUUCAUUGUUUGGUCAACAAGCUACAACAGACACAAUCCGGCGUGCUCCGAUGUUCAAUGUGUUCCUAGCUGGUGUUCCUACCCGAGGAAAAAGUAUUGACGUUCGCCCACAGACAUCUUCAACCGCACGCCAUUCAAGCAAUACCAGUUCAGAUGCUCAAUCUCCCAUUACUGGCAGCUUCCCAAUGCCUCCUCCAUCCAAGGCUUCAAAGAACGACUCGGGCUACGCACUUCAAACCUCUUUGCGCGAAAAGCGAUCUGGGCAUUUCGACUCCUUGUCCAAACGUAGCUUUUCGGGAUCCGCUCACAUGAUUCGAAAAGCUAGUGUACCUUUCAUCCGACAUAAUCCUAAUCCUUCGGGCACCUCAUUCUCUGAUAUGCGCAAUGGAAGUUCGACGUAUGCCCCUUCCGUAUAUGCACAAUCCACCCUGGCAGCAUCGACGAUUAUGCCCGGUUUCCAUAUUCAACCCCCGGUCGCAGCUGAGGGUACAUACUGGGCAGAAGGCCAUUGUCUACAAUGGAAAGUGAAUCAAGGUCCUUCGACAUGUGUGCUUUGUGAUGACAAGGCACAGGACGAUUACUAUCGGUGCUCUGGAUGCGGAUUUGUCGUCCACGAUCGGUGCGCACAUCAGAUCACGAUUGUUUGCUCAGCGGCGUUCCAUCCAGAUCAAGUCAGGGCGGCAUUUGUGAGAUGCUUGGCCAGCCUGUUUUACACCUAUCGACGUUUCUUGCAGCCUGCCGUCUCUCACAGAAGGAAGACGGGAUCAGUGUACACGUUCGAUGUUGACGCAUAUCUACACAGCCUGCCUCCUGACCAUGCAGAGUACAUCCAGAUGCUUCAGCAGACACAAGCAUGGAACGAAUUCAUCAUGGAUCGAGAAGAAAACAAGUCGACGCCUGCGGUUGCACUCUUCGACGCCAUCAUCAACGCCAAGCGUGGACGAGCAGGAUUGCUUCGGUCAGGUCUUCCAGGAAUUGGGCUACAUCGCAAAAGUUUUGCUCAACGCAGCGUAUCGGGAGGAGGUCGACCGGAUCUUCUGUCAGACACCUCGACACAUCAAUGGAAGAUCAUCAAUGUCCCUGGCAGUUCUGAGCGCCCGGAGCUCGGCUCUGCCGCCAAAUCACGAGACUAUCAUACAAUCAUCAGCCGAACACCAGCCAAAUUGGAGGAAGGUCUCUUCAAGCAAGAAGAGCUGGUGCCUGACCUGCCAAAAUUCGGCAAGAAAUCUCGCAUCAGUAGCAUGAUCAAUGGGAAGUUGAACGGACUAAGCAUGAAUGCACCAUGA